GUUUGGGGUUUUUUAUUUUAUUUUUGGAUGGGAUUUCAACGUCCAAGAACGAGUAGAAGGAUGUGUAUGCAAAAAGAGUUUUGCCAAUUCCUCCUGUGUCAAACAGUUCCGUCUGGGCAUGAGACGGUGGAGUGAGGCCGUCUGCGUCCAAAUGAAAUCCAUCCCCACAUCCAUUCCAUAUGGUUGACGCUGGUCCAACGACGAACAGCAAUACUUGGAACAUCUUCCUAAACAGUGGAAUGUUUUUUGAUAGUCGUUAAGCCAUAUAAUCUAUUCGAAUGUUCUCUGCUUCUGCUGGAAGAGUCGAACGCUGCGCGGGCAACUGACGUCAAAGCCCCGCGAAGGGCGUCACCAAAAUCACGUAACUUGCCUGUAUAUAUUAGAUGCUGGUUCAUCCAGCCCAAGGCCCCAACGAGGAAUAUCACUUUGUACAUUGCUACCUACAUUGCAUCGAUAUGCCAGCUACUCUCGACACUCCUCAGGGCAAGAAGAAAAUGACCACUGUCUUGCGGCAGUUGAUCAAAGAAAAGGAUCUUCUUGUUGGUCCGGGAGUGUUUGAUGGCAUUUCAGCCCAUGUUGCCAAUUCAGUUGGAUUUGACUUUCUUUACUUGGCUGGCUCGGGAGCCAGUGGCUCAUACAUUGGGGAACCAGAUCUUUCAGUGAUUACUCAAACAGAGAUGGCCGCUCUGGCAAGAACGGUCGUCCACUGCAGCUCUGUCCCAGUCAUUGCCGACGCCGACACUGGCUUUGGCGGUCCCCUCAACAUCCGACGGACGAUGCAGCUCUUUGAAGGCGCAGGUGUAGCAGGCGCUCACUUUGAGGAUCAAACAUUUCCUAAACGAUGUGGUCAGCUGGAAGGCAAGCAUGUGGUCGCCUUGGACGAGUUCCUUGAACGCAUCGCAGCGGCCGUCCAAGCACGAACCGAUCCCGAUUUUGUCAUUAUCGCUCGUACGGAUUCUCGACAGGCUAUUGGAAACAUUGAUGAGUGUAUUAGGAGGUUGAAAGCAGCAUUUGAAGUUGGUGCGGAUGUCGGUUUCGUUGAGAGUCCGAUGACUAAAGAAGAAUGCAAAAAAGUCGUAGAAUCUCUUGCCCCGCGCCCUGUUCUCAUCAACGUCCUCCCUCACGGGCUGACGCCAAACCUCACUACCAAGGAAUGCGCAGAACUCGGUUUCAAGCUAGCUAUAUACCCUUGCACCGGCUUUAUUCCAGCCAUGCUUGCCAUGCAAAACUCUUACAGGGCUUUAAAGGAGACUGGGACGGAUCUGGAAGUGUGUCAGGGCAAACAGAUCAGAGACUUUUUCAUACAGAUGGGGUUAGAGGAAGAGUUUGAGUAUGACAAACGUAUGGUUGAAAUUGCCAAGAAAGCCAUUCACGAAAAGCACGGUGGAAAGUGAUAUCUAGCAAGUGUAUUUUUUUGCAUGCUCUGUCUUUAGUUGUAUACUUUUAUAAUGCAUGGUCACCCUGUAAGCCAACAAGAGCGCGAUUUAGUUGUCUGCUUUUUAUGAUGGCUGAACUACUU